UUGAAACACUAUUAGAAUUGUUCUGUUUAGAUCAAGAUGCCUAGCAAGGCAGAUGCUUCCAAGAAGAAGUCUCAACAGUUAAAAAGAAAUCCAAAAAGAAAAAUUGAUGAGGAGGAAGUGGAGUUUUCAGAGAAAAAGGUUAGAGACACAGCGAAAAAAAAUAAAAAUCCUCCAAAGCGUCUGUCCUCUGAAGUGACAGGACAAACAAAGCAUACUAAUCUAAAACAGGUGAAGAUAGCAUCUGACAAGAGAAAAACCUGGCAACCUCUUUCAAAAAGUAGCAGAGAGCAUUUGCAAACUAUGAUGGAAUCAAUAAUAAUAGCAAUUUUGAGUAACAAUGUUAGAGAAAAUGAACAAGUUCAAUAUCACCUUAACUUCCUGAAGAAAAGAUUGCUACAACUGUGUGAAACCUUGAAAGUGCCUCCCAAAAAGCUGAAAGAUUUAACUAAUGUGUCAAAUCUGCUGAAAAUGGAAAGGGCACAGCACAGAGCUAAUGAAGAAGGUCUGGCAUUAUUGCAGGAAGAAAUAGAUAAAAUAGUAGAGACCAUAGAGUCAAUGACUGAGAAUAUUCAGAGUCUGAAGAACGAAAUUCAAAUUCUGACAAGUGAGCUGGAAGAAGAGGAGGAGAAGGUAAAACAGAUGUUUCAAAUAGAUGAUAGUGGGGUACUGUCUCUUCCAGAACUUUCUCAGAAGAGUCUCAAAGCACCCACACUUCAGAAAGAAAUUUUGAUGCUGAUUCCAAACCAGAAGGCUCUUCUGCAGGACUUGGAUGUUCUCCAUAACUCAUCCCAGAUGAAGAACAUGUUAACUUUCAUCGAAGAAGCCUAUAAGAGAUUGGAUGCCUCUUAAAGAGUUUUUUAGAUUGUUCCAUAUUAAUUUAAUGUUUAUGAAUUUGUAAAACUGUUAACCUGUGGUGAUAUUGCAGAGGCUGAAGCUUCUUCACGAUUUAUUGUCUCCUAAUAUGCACUUUAAAAUUAGCCUCUGUAGGUCUACCAUUAGCAUCUAAUGUGGUCCUGAAAAUUCUUAUUUUGGCAGUUACCAAGUCUGGGAACUCACAUUUAUAUUGCUGUAUCUCCAGUGAUUUGCCUGAAACCGCAAAGUAAGAACAGCCAUAAUCUAAUGGUUUAUAAAGGCUGGAUAGAGCUCAUUUAUUGGUUAGCACAGAGGAAAUGUGAUACUGUGACUUAAUGUAUAUAAAGUGUUUAUAGUGCCUAGGACAUAAAAACAUAAGUGUUUGCUAUCAUUAUUCUUUAGCUGAUGACUUGCAUUUUCUAUCUGGUCAUCUGGAACUUGAGAAAGCCCCAAAUGCCUUUACCCUGUUACAUAACUCCCUCGACUUCUGUGGCAUAAUUAAGAUUUGCCAGAUGUCUUUAACUUGGAGGUAGUAUGAAUAUUUUAUUUCUUUAGUUGGGUUAGUUAAUAGUUGUUGAAUAUUUAUUUUCCACUGCCAUCAAAGCACACUUUUAUUUCAUAAAAUUAUUAAAAAGGAACCUAAGCACAUUUAUUCCCUUAAAACAAAAACCAAACAAAAAACCCUUCUUUCUAAACCUUUCCUUAUUGUGAUAAUAAGCAUAUACAUGUGAAUAAAUUGUCUCUUAAAUAUAUUAAAAAUCAUUUCUAACCAACUACAGUAUAUUGUCUGGGUUGCUUUUAUCUAU